AGUCUCAGCCUCUCAGGUUCUAUUCGCUCCAUAAUUUCGACCGUUUCCUGUCUUAUCCGUUAUCGUCUCCUCCCACAGCCGCCGUUCUCCGCCUUCAAUUCUCAUGCAUCCGUUUCACGGCGGCCGGAAGACGCUCUUCAACAUGAAGAGCGGCGGCGGCGGCGGGCGGAAGAACGGCAACCUGUACGUCUUCGCGGUGGUUUUCUCCGUUUUCGUCUUCGGGUGUUUCAUGUACAACGAGGACGUCAUGUCCAUCGCGGAGUUCCCGAUCUCCGCCCACAAAGGCGGCGAGCCGGAAAUUCAAGAAACAACAGCCACCCUGCCGGUUCUGGAAAACGCCACGAAGGUUCCGGCCAGUGAUGACCUGCCGGACAGCAGCAGAUCGCUUUCCUCCGUGGCGGAGCGAGAGAAGAUUGAACUUCCCGUCGCCGGCGAUCAAGAACAAGGCAGAGAAGACGGCGACGACGAUGAACAAAAGCAAGGCGAAGAAGAGGAGGAGGAAGAAGAAGAAAGCAUCGAAUUGCCGCCGGAAAGUUGCGAUCUUUACACCGGGAAAUGGGUGUUUGAUAACGCCACCCACCCUCUCUACAAAGAGGCGGAAUGUGAGUUUCUUACGGCGCAAGUAACCUGCAUGAGAAACGGCAGAAGAGACUCCAUGUAUCAGAACUGGAGAUGGCAGCCCAGAGAUUGCUCUUUACCCAAGUUUAAACCAAAACUGUUGCUGGAGAAGCUAAGGAACAAGAGACUGAUGUUUGUGGGAGAUUCAUUAAACAGAAACCAAUGGGAAUCAAUGGUUUGUUUGGUUCAAUCUGUUUCUCCUCCAGGGAGGAAAAGCCUGAACAAGACUGGUUCUUUAUCCGUUUUCAGAAUUGAGGAUUAUAAUGCUACGGUGGAGUUUUAUUGGGCCCCAUUUUUGGUGGAGUCGAAUUCGGAUGAUCCGACUAUGCAUAGCAUAUUGAACCGGAUUAUCAUGCCCAAGUCCAUCAAGAAACAUGGCAAAAACUGGAAAAAUGUGGAUUAUCUCAUCUUCAACACAUACAUUUGGUGGAUGAACACUUUCUCCAUGAAAGUUCUGCGUGGCUCGUUUGAUAAAGGCGCGACGGAAUAUGAUGAGGUUGACCGGCCUUUAGCUUACAGGAAGGUGUUGAGCACUUGGUCUAAGUGGGUCGACAAAAAUGUGGAUCCGAACCGGACCCAAGUCUUCUUCAUGAGCAUGUCUCCUCUUCAUAUCAAGAGUUUGGAUUGGGAAAACCCAAAUGGGAUAAAAUGUGCCAAGGAAACCAGCCCAAUUCUCAACACAUCAAUGCCCUUGAAUGUUGGCACGGACUAUAGGCUAUUCUCCAUAGCAUCAAACAUAACAAGGACCAUGAAAAAGCCAGUUCACUUCCUUAACAUCACCAAACUCUCCGAGUACAGAAAAGAUGCACAUACCUCCGUUCACACCAUUCGUCAAGGCAAAAUGCUCACCCCCGAGCAACAGGCCGAUCCAACCACCUACGCCGAUUGCAUUCAUUGGUGCCUCCCUGGACUGCCCGACACAUGGAACGAAUUUCUAUACUCACAUAUUAUUUCUCGUUCAUGAUACGUGACGCAAUUUAUUUUACUGAUUCACAUAAGUUUAAUUUUGUUGGUAGAAUGUAUAGUUGCUUCCCUUAUAUAGUUUGGGUUUUAUUGUUUAAUUAGUUGCUGGUUACCAAUUUACCUUUUCUGUACUGUUGUUUAGGGUGGUGCCUACUUAUUUUCUUUUUCGGGGACAUAUUGUAAAAUGAAUUUUGCAUUGACGAAAAGAAAUAUAAUAAGAAAAA